GUAUUAUGGGACUGGAAUGCUAAAGGGGAUUUUACUGUGGCCUCAACUUACAACAGACUGAGGAUUUGGGAGAAGUCACCAGUCACUUGGGAUGGCAUACUCCAGGAGACUAUCGAUUUCAAAGGUUGGUGGAACUCACUGUGCCUAAUGAAGAAAAGCCCUUCAACUGAUGACAGACUCCAACUUACCUCGUAUCUGUUAUGGGAAAUUUGGAAAGCUCGUAACCAAUGUGUUUUUGAGAAGGUCAAUCGACCGGCAAAGGCAGUGGUGCAAUACGCUUUGAAUGGCUGGCUGGAAUUUUCAGGCAAAGGAUCAAAC